UUGCGCUCCAGUGCGGGCUGCGGCUGCGGCUGCUGCACUUCUAGCUUCUGAGGGAAAGAGGCCGAGGCCUGGGCGGAGCCCGGAGCCGCCUCUCGCCAGAGCCUCCUGGAGCCCCAGCGCCGGCUCAGCCUGGGGGCGGGCUCCGGUCCGGCCCGCCGCCGCACCCAGGACAGAGGCUGCAUGCCCGAGGACCAGGCCGGCUCAGCCAUGGAGGAGGCAUCUCCCUAUUCCUUACUUGAUAUCUGCUUGAAUUUCCUCACUACUCACCUUGAGAAGUUCUGUUCAGCAAGACAAGAUGGAACACUCUGUCUGCAGGAACCUGGAGUAUUCCCACAGGAGGUGGCUGAUCGGCUGCUUCAGACCAUGGCUUUUCAUGGUCUACUGAAUGAUGGAACUGUGGGUAUUUUUAGGGGGAACCAAAUGCGCUUAAAGCGAGCUUGCAUUCGCAAAGCAAAGAUCUCUGCUGUUGCUUUCCGGAAAGCUUUCUGCCAUCACAAGUUAGUGGAACUUGAUGCCACAGGUGUGAAUGCUGAUAUCACGAUCACAGACAUUAUCAGUGGGCUUGGCAGUAACAAAUGGAUCCAGCAAAAUCUCCAGUGCCUAGUGCUGAAUUCAUUAACUCUCUCACUUGAGGAUCCUUAUGAGCGGUGCUUCAGCCGGCUUUCUGGCCUUAGAGCUUUAAGCAUCACCAAUGUUCUCUUUUAUAAUGAAGACCUGGCUGAAGUUGCCUCAUUGCCAAGAUUAGAGAGCCUGGAUAUUUCUAACACCUCGAUCACAGACAUUACUGCUCUGCUGGCCUGCAAAGACCGACUCAAAUCUCUAACCAUGCAUCACUUGAAAUGUUUAAAAAUGACAACUACCCAGAUACUGGAUGUUGUUCGGGAACUAAAACAUCUGAAUCAUCUUGAUAUCUCAGAUGAUAAACAGUUUACAUCAGACAUAGCUCUCCGCUUACUAGAACAAAAAGACAUCCUACCCAAUCUUGUCUCUUUGGAUGUUUCUGGGAGAAAGCAUGUGACAGAUAAAGCUGUUGAAGCCUUCAUACAACAACGACCCAGCAUGCAAUUUGUAGGUUUGCUGGCCACUGAUGCUGGUUACUCUGAAUUCCUCACAGGCGAAGGACAUUUGAAGGUGUCUGGAGAAGCCAAUGAAACUCAGAUUGCAGAAGCAUUGAAGCGGUACAGUGAACGGGCAUUCUUUGUCCGGGAAGCUCUAUUUCAUCUUUUUAGUCUGACUCAUGUGAUGGAAAAAACAAAGCCAGAAAUUUUAAAGCUUGUGGUUACAGGGAUGAGAAACCACCCUAUGAAUUUGUCGGUGCAACUGGCUGCAAGCGCCUGUGUAUUUAAUUUAACCAAGCAGGACCUUGCUGCAGGAAUGCCUGUCCGACUCCUGGCUGAUGUGACCCAUUUGCUGCUCAAAGCCAUGGAACAUUUUCCCAAUCAUCAGCAGUUACAGAAGAAUUGCCUCCUUUCUCUUUGCAGUGACCGGAUCCUCCAAGAUGUUCCGUUUAACAGAUUUGAAGCAGCCAAGCUUGUCAUGCAGUGGCUCUGCAACCAUGAGGAUCAAAACAUGCAAAGGAUGGCAGUUGCUAUCAUUUCCAUCCUGGCUGCCAAGCUUUCUACAGAACAAACUGCACAACUUGGUGCUGAGCUUUUCAUUGUCAGGCAACUUCUUCAAAUAGUGAAGCAGAAAACCAAUCAAAAUUCAGUGGACACUACGUUGAAGUUUACCUUGAGUGCACUUUGGAACCUCACAGAUGAAUCCCCAACCACUUGUAGACACUUUAUUGAAAACCAAGGGUUAGAACUCUUCAUGAGGGUUCUAGAGUCUUUUCCAACUGAAUCAUCUAUUCAGCAGAAAGUUCUAGGACUUUUGAACAAUAUAGCUGAAGUACAAGAAUUGCAUUCUGAAUUAAUGUGGAAGGAUUUCAUAGACCACAUCAGUAGUCUCCUACACAGUGUUGAAGUGGAAGUCAGUUACUUUGCAGCUGGAAUUAUUGCCCAUUUAAUAUCGAGAGGUGAACAAGCUUGGACAUUGAGUCGUAGCCAGAGGAAUUCUCUUCUGGAUGAUUUGCAUUCAGCAAUUUUGAAAUGGCCAACUCCAGAGUGUGAGAUGGUAGCAUACAGGUCCUUUAAUCCAUUUUUCCCAUUACUUGGCUGUUUCACAACACCAGGAGUCCAGCUAUGGGCAGUCUGGGCCAUGCAACAUGUCUGCAGCAAGAAUCCUUCAAGAUAUUGCAGCAUGCUGAUUGAAGAAGGAGGAUUGCAGCAUUUAUACAACAUCAAAGAUCAUGAACAUACUGAUCCCCACGUCCAACAGAUUGCUGUGGCCAUUCUGGACAGCUUAGAAAAACACAUUGUGCGCCAUGGGAGGCCACCUCCCUGUAAAAAGCAGUCCCAGGCCAGACUAAAUUGAUAGCCAUAAGUAAUUGGAUUAUUGAAUCACAGGCAUCCUUUUUGUGAUUGGUCCAUUUGGAAUAUCUUACCCUCUGUGAUGUUUUUGAGGUUUCUAUGACAAGAGGCAUAAGUUUGGGAUUAAUAAUGUACAAUACUGCCCAUGUGAACAGUCUUUAAUUUGUCUUGUGAUUUUUAACUUAUGAGGCAAGAAGGGUCUCUUCCUUUAUCAUUGCCUUUUAGGAAAUUUUCCACCUUUCAGUGUUUGAACUUACCUGUAUUUGAGAUUCUACAGUUUUAUGGUAAAGUUUGCACGAACCCUUAGGCCAGACUUUUCUGAUCUCAGAGUCUCUUCUAGUCAAUUUGCACCUGCAGAUAAGCUGUUAACCUGAUUUCUGCUUCAGUUGUAAAUUUUAUACUGCUUCUGUAUAAAAUGCCUUUAUUCUUUGUGUACCUUUUAUAAGAUGUCCUUCUUAUUGUGAAAGAAUGGAAGUCAGAGUUGACUCCUCAUGGAAGCUACUCACUGGCAGCCUGGAUGGCUGGCAGAAAAAUAUAUUAGAAAGAAAAACUAUUAAGGGAGAACAUUGUUUAGGAACUGGGAAUUGCUUUCACAGGAUAGUUUUAAAAAUGGGACAGGCUGUCCUUCUGGAGCCCACAGUGAGCAGAAGAUUGUUCUCCUUAUUUAUGCCUGGAAGCAUGGACUGCUCCUUCCUACACAGACUGCUGUUUACUCUUUAGAAAUAUUUCCCCAAGCAUCACAUGGUAAAAUAUCGCACCAUUCUGUGUUAAAGAUGUCCAACUCUACAUGUUAUAUUGUGAAAAUGUGAAUUUUUAAAAAUUUUCUCCAGUUAAAACUUGGCAUUCUUUCUCCUCUAUUCCCAAGUCAUUUUUGUUCAGUGGAAUAGAGACUACAGCAUAGUGUUAACCUGCUCAGUUCAAAUAUUAUUGGAAACAGUAAAUUUUGCCAUGAAAAGUUAAAUUUUCUUUUGUUGAUAAUACAUGUAUCUUAUUAGUGUGUUCAUGUUGGAGAAGAAUGUCCUCAUCUCACUGUUAAAAAUGAAAAGAGAGGCCAGGUGCAGUGGCUCACACCUGUAAUCCUAACACUCUGGGAGGCCAAGGAGGGAGG